AUGCCAGGCACGGUACUAGUGACAGUCGGCUCGACACAGUUCGACAAGCUGGUCGCAGCUGCAUCCUCACCCUCCCUUCAACACCUCCUCAACUCCCUCGGUUACUCCCACCUCAUCAUCCAGCAUGGCAAAAGCCCCAUCUCAUCAACAACAACGUCAACCACCGACUCGACAUCUCUUGAAUCAGGCCUCCAAGUCAUUACUUACACCUACAAGUCCUCGUUGCGAGAGGAUAUGGAGGAAGCCGACUUGAUCAUUAGCCAUGCCGGCUCUGGAUCGAUUUUGGAAGCUUUGCGGUUGAACAAGAAACUGGUCGUGGUAGUGAACGAGGAUCUGAUGGAUAAUCAUCAACAGGAACUUGGGGAUGCCCUCCACGAGCAACAUUAUCUAGUCUGCUGCACCGUCUCGACCUUGGAGAAGACUCUUCUGGCAAAAGAGUACGAAUCAUUAGAACCCUUCCCUCAGCCUGACACAACGCGCUUUUCCAACUUUCUGGAUGCAAGAAUGGGUUUCUAA